UCCGAAUCCCUCCACUUUGUGUUGCCAAUCUGCCAUUCCUCAUUCUUACUUGCUUGUGUAUAUCAUACCAAAUUAAAGAAAGUCCAGCUCGGCCUUACGUUUGUUUGUGUCUCCCCUCUCGCCCACCUCACCAAUUUAACCCCAUAAAACGUGUCUCAUGUUUCCUACACAAAGCAACCCUCUUGGUUUGUAUGGUCAGAAUCCAUUAAUCCAAAGAUCUAACACAACCCAUUCUCACUCACCAUCUUUAGGUUUGCAUUUAUGCUUUAGCAUUCAUUAGAGGGACCAUUCAUGCAUGCAGCGAUCGGUCAUGGUUUAACUGAUGAUUUUCAAACCCCUUUCAAUUUCAAAACUUCUUAUCUCCUGAAGAUGAGGUGAAUCUAUUGUUUGGAUUUCUUAUGUUCUUUUGGCCCUUCACUCAUAUAUCUCUGGAUAACAGUCGCCCUACCCAAUUUUGGUUCUUCUAUAUAAAUCCUCCUAUCCUUCCCUUUGUACCUUUGUUUGCACUUCAUUUUCUUUUCCUAUUUUUCCCCUUUUGGCUCUCCAUCUCCUAAUCUAUUUUCUCUUCUUCUUUUGGCAUUUCUAUUCGUUUUCUCCAUUUCUGUUAGAGAAAAAAAAUGAUAUACUGUCACAACUACAACCAUGUUAUUCCUUGUCUUCAUUGCCACCCACAUAGCUACAUUAGGAUGGUUCAACAUCUGAUAGAGAGAUGUUUGCUUCUUUACAUGAACCGACAACAGUGUGUCAAGGCAUUGGCUAAGUAUGCAAGCAUUCGGCCGUGCAUUACAAUUACAGUGUGGAGAGAGCUAGAAAAGGAGAAUAAGGACUUCUUUGAAGCAUAUUUUCAAGCUCUCUCCCUACAGGCCUUUUAUGGUCAUAUCUAGUACAGACUUGCAGUGAAGACUUCAUUCCCAACAGCAUCUCCCAGAAAAGGGCAUAUGAUUUUGAAACCUACCUUUAUAUAUUACAUAUAUUCAUGUAUCAGUAGCCCUAAAGGAGUCAGAGUUUGUGGAAGAAAUUUUAUACUAAUAAAAUUAAUUAGGGCUAGAAUUAAUUGUUCAUCACUU